AUGCGCCUGCCGUGGGCCACCUCCCACCGCGGCCUGGCCUGGGGGCUACUCAUCCUGGGCAUCUGGGGUCUCCUGGCCGCAUCCCAGCCCCAGCUGGGGCUCCCAUACCACACGGAGAACCAAAGCUGCGGAGACCAGGAAAAGGAAUACUACAAUUCCAAGCAUCGCCUCUGCUGCUCCCGCUGUCCCCCAGGCACAUACGUCUCCACUGAAUGUAGCCACCACCAGAACACUGUCUGUGCCACGUGCCCCGAGAAUUCGUACAACGAGCACUGGAACCAUCUCUCCUUCUGCCAGCUGUGCCGCCCCUGUGACAAGAUGCUGGGCUUCGUGGAGAUCAUGCCUUGCACCAGUGACCGCAAGACCCAGUGCCGCUGCCAGCCGGGGAUGUACUGCGUCUUUUGGAACUCUGAGUGUGAGCACUGCGAGCCACUCUCCAACUGCCCGCCUGGCACCGAAGCCGAGCUCAAAGAUGAAGUCACGGAGGCUAACAGCAACUGUGUCCCCUGUAAAGCUGGACACUUCCAGAACACCUCCUCUCCCACCGCCCGCUGCCAGCCCCACACAAGGUGUGAGGACCAGGGCCUCGUGGAGGAAGCCGCAGGCACCGCCCAGUCUGACACCAGCUGCAGAAAUCCACAAGAGCCCCCCGACAUGCCAGGAACGAUGCUAAUGCUGGCCAUUGUGCUGCCUCUGGUCUUGUUUCUGCUCCUCACCACCGUCUUCGUCUACACCUGGAAGAGCCACCCCUCUCUCUGCAGAAAGCUGGGAUCCCUGCUCAAGAGGCACCCAGAGGGAGACGAAUCAAAUCCUGCUGAUGGAAACUGGGAGCCCCCAAGGUUCAACACACAUGUUCCUGACCUGGUAAAGCCACUUCUGCCCACCCCUGGAGACUUGACCCUGGCCUCGGCAGGCGUCCCAGCGAACCCGAAUUUGGAGGAAGAGGUGCUCCAACAGCAGAGUCCCCUGAGCCAGGCCAGGGACCUGGAUGUUGAGCCCCCAGAACAAGGCCAGGUGGCCCACGGCACCAAUGGCAUUCAUGUCACCGGCGGCUCUAUGACGGUCACCGGCAACAUCUACAUCUAUAACGGGCCAGUCCUGGGGGGAGCCCGGGGUCCCGGAGACCCCCCCGCUCCCCCAGAGCCUCCGUACCCCAUCCCCGAAGAGGGUGCCCCCCGCCCUCCCGGGUUCUCCAUGCCCUACCAGGAGGAUGGCAAGGCUUGGCACCUGGCUGAGACAGAGACACUGGGGUGCUACGCCCUCUGA